UGGGCACUGUCACUCCACGGUCGUUUUACUGAAAAUGAAUAUGAAUCUACAACAGCACUUCUGCUAGAUGCUCUCAGGAUGAACCUAGGAAGACCAGUGCUGGUGAAGAAUGCCUGCCAAGCAUUAGCACAUCUUCUCAGGCUGUCUGAAAUCGCAGCUUUCAGAUUUGUAACAGAUUCAAAAGGCAGUGGAAUAAAACUGGUCAAAGAUGCCUACUACUUUCACAGUGAUGAUCCAGACGUGGUGGAAAGUAUCUGUGCACUGAUUACUGAGAUGGUUCAGUAUGAUGACAUUGCGCUGGAUAUGGUUUCCCAGAAGAUGAGAGAAAUGCUGUCUGAAAUAAAAAGCCGGUUUCCAUCUAGCACGGAGAUAAUGACCCUUGUGGAUGCAACACUUUUGAAACUGCAGAAGUGACAAAAAAAG